GCCCCGCCCCGCCCCGCCCGGACCCCACUGCAGGGGGGCGCCCGGGUCUCUCCCAGGUCGCCGGCGGGAACAUCCCCGCGCUUCCUCCUUCCUCCUCCUCCUCCCCGCGGCCGCCGGCCCCUCCUCCAGCUCGCUCCCUCCCCCCUCCCAGUUCUUCCCUCCCCGGGCCGCCGCCGCCACCUCCUCCCUUUCUCUCCCGAUCUGUCUCUCCCGGCCCGGAAUCCAUUCCGGCCUGGGAGCCAAAGCAGCCUGGCAGCCGUCGUCCGUCCGACCCCUGGCCGUCUGUCCGUCAGCCCAGCCGCGUGCCCGUCCGCGCGCCGGUCCAGUCAUGUCCUCAUGCUGCCCUGAACAGUCUACUGUACUCCUGCUUUGCAGAUGAGGAUGCUGAGGCCCUGGGAGAGGAAGUGACCAGCGAGAGUCACACAUCGGGCUGAUUGGAGCAGUGCCUCUUUGUCAAGACCCCUGACUCCACAGGUGUUUGUGCUGAGACCCCAGGCUGCUUCCCAGGCCCUCUGGGACAGCCCCAGUCUUCCAGUGCCAGAACCAUGGGCAGCAAUAAGAGUAAGCCCAAGGAUGCCAGUCAGCGGCGCCGCAGCCUGGAGCCCCCUGAGAACACCCACAGUACCAGCGGGGGAGCCUUCCCCACCUCACAGACACCCAGCAAACCCGCCUCGGCCGAUGGCCACCGUACAGCUUUCACUCCUGCAGCCGCUGAGCCCAAGCUGUUUGGAGGCUUCAAUUCCUCAGACACUGUCACCUCCCCGCAGAGGGCGGGGCCGCUGGCUGGGGGAGUGACCACAUUCGUGGCCCUCUAUGACUAUGAAUCCCGGACAGAGACUGACCUGUCCUUCAAGAAAGGAGAGCGGCUGCAGAUUGUCAACAACACGAGGAAGGUGGAUGUCAGAGAGGGAGACUGGUGGCUGGCCCACUCGCUCAGCACUGGCCAGACGGGCUACAUCCCCAGCAACUACGUGGCGCCCUCCGACUCCAUCCAGGCCGAGGAGUGGUACUUUGGCAAGAUCACCAGACGGGAGUCAGAGCGGCUGCUGCUCAAUGCAGAGAAUCCCCGAGGGACAUUCCUCGUUCGAGAGAGUGAGACCACAAAAGGUGCCUACUGCCUCUCAGUCUCGGACUUCGACAACGCCAAGGGCCUCAAUGUGAAGCACUACAAGAUCCGCAAGCUGGACAGUGGCGGCUUCUACAUCACCUCCCGCACCCAGUUCAACAGCCUGCAGCAGCUGGUGGCCUACUACUCCAAGCACGCUGACGGCCUGUGCCACCGCCUCACCACGGUGUGCCCUACGUCCAAGCCCCAGACUCAGGGCCUGGCCAAGGAUGCCUGGGAGAUCCCCCGGGAGUCGCUGAGGCUGGAGGUCAAGCUGGGCCAGGGAUGCUUUGGAGAGGUGUGGAUGGGGACCUGGAAUGGUACUACCAGGGUAGCCAUCAAGACCCUGAAACCGGGCACCAUGUCUCCAGAGGCCUUUCUGCAGGAGGCCCAGGUCAUGAAGAAGCUAAGGCACGAGAAGCUGGUACAGCUGUACGCCGUGGUGUCAGAGGAGCCUAUCUACAUCGUCACCGAGUACAUGAGUAAAGGGAGUCUGCUGGAUUUCCUCAAGGGGGAGACAGGCAAGUACCUGCGACUGCCUCAGCUGGUCGACAUGGCUGCUCAGAUCGCCUCGGGCAUGGCCUAUGUGGAGCGGAUGAACUAUGUCCAUCGGGACCUGCGGGCAGCCAACAUCCUGGUUGGGGAGAACCUCGUGUGCAAAGUGGCUGACUUCGGGCUGGCCCGGCUCAUCGAGGACAACGAGUACACGGCCCGGCAAGGUGCCAAGUUCCCCAUCAAGUGGACGGCUCCCGAGGCCGCCCUCUACGGCCGCUUCACCAUCAAGUCGGACGUGUGGUCCUUUGGGAUCCUGCUGACUGAGCUCACCACCAAGGGACGGGUGCCCUACCCUGGGAUGGUGAACCGAGAGGUGCUGGACCAGGUGGAGCGGGGCUACCGGAUGCCCUGCCCACCUGAGUGCCCUGAGUCCCUGCACGACCUCAUGUGCCAGUGCUGGCGGAAGGAGCCUGAGGAGCGGCCCACUUUUGAGUACUUGCAGGCCUUCCUGGAGGACUACUUUACGUCCACUGAGCCCCAAUACCAGCCUGGAGAGAACCUAUAGGGAGCAGGCGACUGGGCACGACUGGCUUCUCAGCGUGGGCCCUGGGCUGGCUGGCCCCAGAUGUGGGGUUUUGCCACCCACCCGUGCCCACCUGCUGCCAGGAUCCUCUCUAAGGGACAUGGCCCCUCCUUCUUCUGUGGCCUGGAUAGGCUUGGGGCCUGAGGGUGGGCACCAAGGUGGGCAUGGAGACUGCCUUCCGGAGCCUGCUCUGACCAUAUGCCUCCCUGCAGUCCCUCCUGGAGCCCCGAGGGUCUCUGAGGGAGGCCUGGGGAGAAGGCUCGGGACUGAGGAUGGCUUUACCCAGCCUCGGCCCACUCCUCACAGUCACCCCGUCCCGAUCCCCACAGGCUCCCAGAUCUGUCUCCAGAGUUGGCCAAAGAGCCUUUCCAAAGAGGAGUGAUGGGCCCCUGACCUUUGACCUGCCUGCCACCCUGUCCUGGCUCUGGACUCCCCAGGGCCAGGUCUCUCUGCUGGGGCUCCUGGGCUGCGCAGCCUGAGGCCUGGUUUGACUAGAUGAUGGUGGGUGGGUGGUCCCCUCCUCAAACCUGGCCCUGCUUGGACCCAAAGGACCUUUAGAGAUCAUCAGUUCUUUGUCCCCAUGUCACCCCUGGGGAAACUGAGUCCACAGCAGGAUUGUGUCCUGCCCAGGGCCAAAGAAGAGUGUUAGGUGGAGGUGGGACUCAAGAGUGGUGCUCCCUCUGUCUUCCUCAGAAACCAGCAUGAUUGUCUUUGGAGGCAUCCUGAACAGAUGGGAGCAGCCCAGGGACAAGGGGCCUGAGGAUGUAUUGGGGACAGCAGAGCAUCCCCCCACUGUCUAUGGGGGUAGUGGGGGUAAGAGUGGAGGUGAUGUGGGGCUGUGCUAGAGACGGGGCUGAAGGUAAAGGUCCAGGUGAUGGAAGGCAGCUUCAGUCCUGACUGUGGGUGCAAUCACUGUGGGUGAUUUUAACUUUGGAGGCUGACCAUCCUCGAGAGAGUGAGCUCCCAGGCUCUGGAAGCAACCAAGGAGAAGUAGAAGACCCAGCUGGAUGGAACACCCUGGAGUCAGGAGAGACCCCCAGGCCCUGUUUUCUCUGUCCUUUGUCAUUUCAAAACCUUUUUCCUGAUUGCUGCCCCUGAGCUCUCAGGGCUGGGAGCAGAGAGGACCCCGUAUCCACUGCCCAGAGUGGGUGCCAUGUCCACUGCCUCAUCCUAGGACCGGGUGUGACACUGGCUUCCUCUCCAGGCUGCAGUGUCUGCCUCCGUAGGUGGCUGUGGCCCUGUGCCUGCUCUGCUCCCGUCCAGCCCCUUGGCCCGACUCCGCAUGGUGGGUGGGCUCUGCUGUCAGUCUGGGGGCGGUGUGUGAUGGCUUCUCCCUGGGUCUCAGUGUACCUGUCUCCAGAGGGGGUGGCUGACAGUUUGUGAGUAUCUUGCCUAGGGUCUCCUCUGUGUGUGUGUGUGUGUCCAUAUUUAACAUGUAAAAAUUCCCCUUCCUUUGUCCCCCAGUUGUUUUGUACAUUUUGCCCACUGCCCCCAUCACAGCAAUAACGUUCCCACCGCCAGGAGUUCUCGAGCCAGCCAGGCCCUGCCAGCGGGGAAGGAGGCCAAGUGGUGCCUGCCUGUGAAAUUUCAACUUUUCCUUUCACACGUGUUUAUUGCCCAAGUCUUCUGUCUGUCCCAGUCAGAUCUGGGCUUGCUUUUCCCAGUGUGCCCUGAAACCCCUCCACUUGCCUAAGACCCUUUGUUAAGAUAUUGUAAUACUGUCUUUUUUUUUUUUUUAAUUUUUAAACAGUGUUUUGUAGAUUUCAGAUGACUAUGCAGAGGCUUCUGGGAUCCCCGACUCUGGGCAAGGCCUAGGGGUCCUGCAUUCUGUGGCCCAGGCUUGGGGGAGGGUGUGUGUGUAUGGGUUUUUUUUCCCAGAAUGGGUUGUAAAUACUUUACAUAUUGUCUGAUUAAAUGCAAACAGACCUCAGAA